AUGCCUAGACCGGUACGCAUUCCCACCGACAGUGAUGAAGAAGCAAUGGAAAACCCACCACCCGUCCCCAACGACGCUGACACUGAAGCGACCGACGAAGCAAGAAACACCGCCAGUCCAGCAACCCAGACCUAUCACCGUCGGACUAGGGCGUCGUUGAUUACACCACCACCUUCCUCACCUUCAGUCACGACAGAUACCCAGGGAGGCAAAACGCCUCAAGAAGACACUCCUUCCGCCAGUCAUGGCCAGAAACGGCCAAGAACACCAUCACUAAGCUCGGAGCGACAACAAGAGACACCCAGUGCCACACCUCCCGUAAGCCAAGAAGAAGGCGAAUUGCCCAGCGAUUUUCCCAAACCAACCCACCCUGAUCACAUCACUCAGACCCUGACGUUCAACAAGGCGUCCGAAAGGGCUAGGCUAGACAGAGUUUCCUCUACACCCUACCACCCAGGACCUCUCACACCACGCCAUGAGCGUGUGUUCAAGAAGAAGAAGGCCACCCAAAUCUCAGCAGACCAGCAGCCUGCACCAGCAGUUGGGACACCAGAGGGAACACAAUAG